UUUUGGUUGAAGAGGGCACUACUGUUUUCUGCUUUAUCUAUGUAUAAUCUGUCCCAAUUUAUUGACCUCUCGCUCGCACAUCUCCCAUCUCACCUGGCAGCUCAGCGGUUUGAACCGCGUAAACUUCCAUCAUUGGCGUCUUGUUUUCUGCGACGCACAGUCGAGUCGUGCUUGAAGGGGUACCUACGUACUUGCUAUAUUUUAUUGCAACUUUGUACAUUCAACUCCUUACAAUACACGACGUUCUUUGUGAGGGAACCUAUCACCCACAGAGGUUCCUUUCGUCAAAGAGGGGGCCGUCAAGGGAGCAAGACUCUGGACAGUAACAAAGGACAAUUUAACAAUCCGAAACGUCAUUCAACCUCCUCGGAGAACAACUCUAGAGGAAGAAAACACAGUCGGGGUGGAAAUUACUAAGAAGCCCUAGAGGAAAGAAAGUUGACCCGGUUUUUUG